CGCUAGAGAUCUUGCUAGAUUUGCAAGACACGGCGGUCCUGGCCUAACUGAUCUUCGUGGGUAUCCCCACCCCUUAAUAGCCAUGAGAGCGAGGUGGUCUUCGCGAAGCCGGACGACCAAGGCCGCAGAUCCAAUCGAUACGUUUCCCACCCCAGAAACAAAGACAAAGAAGCGGUCGACCUACGACCGCAACUUCGAUUUGCAUCUGACGGGCCAUCGCGCCCACGCACCCUAUUCAUCACAAGAGCCAGACUCGGCGGAUGCCAGAAAUGCCUUGGCAGUCUACAGGCCGUCGUUCCCAGCAUCGUCGGACGUCACUGGAUCCUCGUCAGAACCGUCCACGAAAACUGGUGUCGAGGGUCUUGAUUACCAGUGUAGGAACCUUGCUGCGAAUAACAUCUACAUGCGUUCCUCCCGCGACCAACUUCCCGAUCAUGUCACCGAUUUGAUCGACCAAAUGCGCCGGGAUCGUGACUCUCCUGGUCCGACCCUGGAUCAAGUGUGGGAAGACAAGGGAUUGGAGAAACUCGCCAUGGGUGCGAAUAAAUCAGUCGUGAGAAAAUACGUUCAGAAGACAAUUUUCCCCAACCCCGAUCCAGGAGACAGUUUGCAAUGCAGCGACGGAGAACCGAUGGCAGAGCACGCUGUCCCCAACACGAGCUCGAUUCUCAAAGUCAGCAUCCCUGUGCCAGACAUGCUCUACGGAUACGACGAGCAGGAGGCCUUUCCCCAGCAGCAGAACCAGCUGGUCUCCAUGGGGACUGAGAUGAUAGGCAACAAUCAGAGUUACUAUAUAAUCUAUCCUUUCCUCGUCAUCGAGGUCAAGGGCGAUGGCGGGAGUAUGUGGGGGGCUAUGAAUCAAUGCCUUGGGAGCUCUGCAUCCUGUGUCAAUAUCGCCGAAAACCUCAACCGUCGUCUGAGGCUGUGUGAGAGCGACAUGGUCCAUCCGAUUGAUAGCGCUGCAUUUAGCAUCGCCAUGAACGGUGUGGAAGCGCGACUCUAUAUUACAUGGAAGCAUAAUGAGCAAGACUACUACAUGACAACGGUCGAUAUCUUCUUGCUUCAGGAUCCCGAACAUUACCUCAAGUUUCGCAAGUACGUCCUCAAUAUUAUUGACUGGGGCAGGGGUAGGCGGCUGGAAGAAAUUCGCAAGUCUUUGGACGACCUUUUGGAAGAGAGUCGGAAGAGGAAUUCUGCAGCGGCGAAGUCCCGCGCACUAUCUGAUUCCGCUAGCAGUUGCAGUAGCAGCAGCGAUAAGACACGCAAAAGGUCAUCGAAGCGGCAAAAGAGCAGGGGAUCUGGUAUGACAUAAGGGGCAAAGUUGGGAAUCUGGGCGGAAGAGAGAGGUGUGGCGGUGUAAUAUGACUAGAAAUAUAACUGUUCAGUCUGAGCGGGAGCUAGGGUCGAGGUUUAGACAAGAGUAGACUAAGCCCGCGAGACACCAGCACUAAGAUGUAUACAAUUCAGAGGACGUCGCAC